AUGCUUUCUACUAUUAAAUUGAUUUUACUGUUAUUCUGCAGUUUAUACAUUUCUGAAGGUAGCCGAAUUUCAGCUAAAAAUGAUCCGAUAAAGCCAGAAGAUUUGGAUAAAUAUAAAUUGGAUGAAAAGGAUUUCGAUAAAGUUCGAACAAUUCACACAAAUUGGUAUUUUCAUGCAAUGAAAGCUUUAAUAUCACAAUUAUCUCUCAAUUUGUUGCCUAAAUUAUCACCCGGUGAGGUUUUUCUAUUAAAAAGGAAAUCUUAUCUUUAAGGUUUUUGUUUAGAAAUCAAAUACGAGUUUCAAAAAUGUCUCUAUAAAAUUCAUGAGAUGAAGGAUCUUGUUGAAUCGGCGAAAUGUUUGAUGCAAGCGAGGGAAAAGAAUAUGGAAUGGCGCAAAAAAUCGAGGCAAGUUUGAAUUUUUAUCUGAGAAAACUUUAUUUUUUUAGAGUUAUCCUAAAACCAAAAAAAUAUGCCAGUAGUAAACUGCAACAAAUCAACUCAAUUUAUCAACAAAAAAUUGGAAAACUAAUCAAGAAAAAUCGAGUUAAAAGAAGUCUGCAAAGAUUGGUUGUAGAUACAGUAUCCAAAAGUGAUAGCAAUGGAUAUAUUGUGAAAAAUAUGGAAAAAAUGCCAGACCUCAAGUCUACUGAUUCCAAAUCAACUGUUCAAAAAGUGACUGAUUUAUUGAAAUCGUUUGUGUCCUCAACGCCAGCAAAUCAAACGUGAGUAGAAUUUCUGACUUCAGGUACAGUAUCUAUCAUGUUUUGAAUGUAUAAUAAUUGCAUAAAAAUAACAAAUUUUAAUCAGAAAAACCGUCUACAUAAAUCAUUCCGAACGUUCCGAGAACCUAUCUUCUUUUUUCACUCCUUCGAAAUCAAAGAAACAAAAUGUGUGAAAAACACAAAGAUUAGAAGAUUUUCCGAAUAAUUCUUACAAAGGGAGAUUUUUUGGAAUUAAAUAUCAAUUGAAUAAACCAUUUUCAGUGAAGAACCAUGGUCUGAAACGUAUAACGCCCUCCUAAAUUUGAAAAAGAAAAUGAGCCAGAGGGAAAACGAGCCAGGUGCAAGAGUUUAUAAUCAACGAAUGUAUGAUCUUGUGAUGGAUCGAAAGCCAAAAAAAUCUUCAAGUGUAUUCAAUGUUUUUGAUAAGGUUGGUUUAGUAAAUCCUAACAAAAAUAUACUUUUUUCACAGCCGGAAAUUCCUGGAAUUUUGAAAAAAGCAUUUGAUUUGAUGUCGACUAUUGAUGGAACUGGGAAGAAGGCGAAGAAUUCGAAUUACAAAUUUUUGAGAUGA